UCCUUCGCCAGAGAAGUACACCUCAGACAGCCUAUAUUCCCGUCGGGUCCUCCAUUUUCUUCAAGCUGUAAGCUCCCCAAAACGUGGGACUUUUCUCCUUAUCAUCCAUUUGUUUGUAAGAUCUUUUGUUCUUCUAGAUUCACGAAUAGCCAAAAUUCGAUAAUCAAUUCUCUCUUUUUUCUCUUUGUAUAUGCAUUUCCAGGAAUCUCUCUCUUUUUUUUUCUUCUUUUUUUUUUUUUCCUGGAUUUUGCUCUUCAUUGAGUUUUCCCCUUUAAAUAAACUUUUUUCCUUCUCUGGGACUCUCUUGUUGUCUCAAUAUUCCAUUUCUUUGUUCAUGGGCCUGUCUGAAAAGGUAAAAGAUUUACUGGUGUUGUUAAUUUUUCCUUCUAUUUUGUGGGUGCUUCUUGUUUAGAUUUUUAAGCUUUUGGGAAUGGCAUAAAGGAAGGAUCUUUCAUAGCCAUUUUCAAAUGUAUUAUAUUUACCUUUUUCUUUGAUAAUUUUUGUUUGGGAGUCUUCUUUUAUCAAAUACUUAAAUACCCAUUUGAGGCUAGUUCAAUUCCAAGCUGCUAGGCUUCGAAACUUGACCAUUUCGCAUAUUUCCAAGCCAGUAGCCUUUUUUAUUUGACAAAAAUCCUUUCUUUUUGUUUCCAUUUCUCUCUUUAUUUUCAUCUCUUGAUCUAUCCCAACACCCCCAUAAAAAGAAAAUCUAGAUAUGUACAAAACACAUCCCAAAAGAGAAGUUUCUUUCGAAUUCCAGUCUCAAAUCCCAGUCUUGAGGCCAAGCAUUCAUGCAAGAAGGGCAAGUAUAACAGUCAAAUUCCAAGACCUUUAUGGAUUCACUGUAGAAGGCAAUGUGGAUGAUGUUAAUGUAUUGAAUGAGGUUAGAGAGAAGGUGAGACAACAAGGGAGACUUUGGUGGGCAUUAGAGGCUAGCAAAGGUGCUAAUUGGUAUUUGCAGCCUCAGGUUACUUCAAUUGUUGAAGGGAUUCCGUUGAAAUCCUCUCUUAAAUUGUCUAAUUUAACUAAUGCAAUCACUUUGAAGAAGCUUAUAAGAAAGGGAAUACCUCCUGUACUUAGGCCUAAGGUUUGGUUUUCGCUCUCCGGAGCUGCAAAGAAGAAGUCUACGGUGCCUGAGAGCUAUUACAAUGAUAUGACUAAGGCUGUUGAAGGGAAGGUUACACCUGCUACGAGGCAGAUUGAUCAUGAUCUGCCAAGAACCUUUCCUGGUCACCCAUGGUUGGACACUCCAGAGGGUCAUGCUGCACUCCGACGUGUUCUCGUUGCUUAUUCUUUCCGUGAUUCUGAUGUUGGGUAUUGCCAGGGUUUAAAUUAUGUUGCAGCCCUGCUAUUGCUUGUGAUGAAAACAGAGGAAGAUGUGUUUUGGAUGCUUGCUGUCCUUCUGGAAAAUGUCUUAGUUAAUGAUUGCUACACAAAUAACUUGUCAGGAUGUCAUGUUGAACAAAGGGUUUUCAAGGAUUUGCUUGUUAAAGAGUGCCCAAGGAUAGCUGCUCAUUUGGAAGAACUGGAGUUUAAUGUGUCCCUUGUUGCCACCGAAUGGUUCUUGUGUCUUUUCUCGAAGAGCUUGCCUUCAGAGACAACUCUGCGAGUGUGGGAUGUUCUUUUCUUCGAGGGAGCAAAGGUUCUAUUUCAUGUAGCUUUGGCUAUAUUUAAGAUGAAGGAAGUAGAGCUGCUUCUAACUCAUCAUGUCGGCGAUGUAAUUAGCAUAUUACAGAAAACCACCCAUCAUCUCUUUGAUCCGGACGAAUUAUUGACGGUGGCAUUUGAUAAAAUAGGUUCAAUGACAACGAACGCGAUAUCGAAGCAAAGAAAAAAGCAGCAACCGGCAGUAAUGGCAGAGCUGGAUCAAAGAUUGAGAAGACUAAACUCAUUGAGUAUGGAUGAGAAAUAACUGUUAUUAUUACAGUUUGAUCAAAGUUGUUACAGUUAAAGACAUUCCAAAUAACUGUUAUCCAGUUAUGUCUGUGGUAGGAGAAGGGGGACACAGUAAAGAGAGUCUGCUGCUUUCAAGGAUGUACUAUGUUGUUAAAUGUAAAUUAUGGAUUGUUGCAACAUAUGGAAUUAAAUUAAAUAUGUAAGUCAGGGCAUCACUGGCUUUUUACUACCUUGCAAAUUUGGUUUCUGAUGUGAGUUGUUCAUCUCCAGAAAUUUCUAGGACUUGUUUUAUUUGGCAACUUUCUUUCUUUCUUUCUCUAACUUGCUGUAUUUUUAGCUAUAAGCAGUGCCACCAUUAGGGUUGUGCACAGUUUGUGAGAAUUUCGAUCGAACAAGAACUGGAAGGAUCAAAUUCUAUUGAUCUAAAUUAAUGUUUGCUAUUUUAUUUGAAUUCUUAUUUUUACCAA